AUGCCACGUUGCCUGGUGCUGCUGUGCGUGGUGCAGUGUCUCCUACAGGCACCAUUGGUCCUCGCGAAACCCGACUUUGGUAUCAACUUUCCCAUCACCGACAGUGCGAAAGUGUCGAAUGCGGCCAUCAGCUCCAACCAGGUCCUGUUGGCAGUGAGCUUCAACACUGGACUAACGACUGAGUCCGGUUACCCAGGCCUUCAGCCGUUGGUGGAUUUGCUACGCCAGAUCGCCACAGGUACGGUUAGCAUUGGCAGCGAACUGACGCCCCUCGUCGUCAGCCUAGUGGCGAAUGUUUCCAACGAUCCGGAGUCUGCCUUCGGACCCGUGUUUAGCAAAAUACAUGACGUCCAGCAAGCAAUCAACGCUCAGUUGUUGCCGGCUACCGAUGCGAUCUACAACCUUAUCGGUCCGCCGGUGCCCAAUCAGCUGAUCGAUGGCUACACCCGCAUCUCGGACGGGCUAGCCGAUCUGGCGAGCGCAUUGCAGAAUCUGCAAGACGCUAUCGUUGCUGGCAUAACGCAGGCAGGUAGCGCCACGGCUUUGACCGAACAGCUCGUGAAGCAAUUCGUCAAACCGGCGCUGGUGUACCAGGUUGUGUUUGCCACCAACCAGCUGCGGGCCUACAUACCGGUGGUAAAGUAUACCAUCGACAGCACACUGGAGGACAUUUCGCUGGCCGAUGAAUACCUGCUGCUGGUUGAGGACACCGUCGAUGCCGCUGACACCGUGAACGAAGGACUUAUCGCCGGGCUCGGCGACAUCACGGAUCAGAUCUCGGAAACGGUCGAAACUCAGCUCGACUCGUACACGGCCCAGAUCGGUACCAUCACCAGCACCAUUAGCAAUACUGAUGUUCUCAAUGCUCUCGCUGGUCUCAGCAGUGGCACUGGCGCCCUGUCGAGCUCGCUCUACCCGGCCAUGGAGGCGAAUCUACAGGCCCUGAUCGACUUGAUUCGGAAUGCCGUGCUCGGCAACGGUGGAUCGGACGUUUUCUCGUCCGGCUUGCUCCACGACCUCAUCCUGACGCUGAUCGAGAACGGUGGUUUUGCCCAGUUCUGCUUCUACAAGUACUACGGCCUAGUGUUUGGUUCGCUCACGGCACUCGCCGACAGUAUCGGCCAGUGCUUCGACAAGGAAGCCGAGCGCCUGGCGUACCUGCGCGAUCUGUUACCGUCGCUGAUCGAGCUGCUGCACUACGAUUUCGAGGAUGUGCUGAGCCAGUAUGACGUCUGUACCAAGCUAACCGCACCGGCCGACCUGAAUGCUUGCAUUGCAGUGCUAUCCGAGUACUACCCAAACAUCGUCACGGAGUUUAACCACCAGAUGCAGUCAGUGUUCGAUUUGAUCCGCAUAGAAACGACAGCGAGCGGGGUCCGCUUCCAGAUAUGCCUGUCGCUGCUCAAGCUCCCGGAACAGCAGGCUGAGCCGUCACUGUCCAACGCCAUACGGCAGUGUGCGAUCGGUGGACCCACGGAAGACGACUAG